GAGAAAACCCAGCGAUGGCUUCGCUGAGGCAAGAGUACCACUAUGGGCUGUCCUGUGGGAAAAUUAACAGAAAUACUCCGAACAAGACUUUGUACCACGUCAAGCUCACCGACACGGCUAUCAGAGCCCUGGAAGCCUACCAGAAUCUGAAGGGAUCCAUACCAAGUCAACCCUCUAUCUGUUUCAAAGGAAACCAAGGGUACAUCAAAAUCCCUGCACCUGCUCAAGACUCACCUUCCGCCCUACGCGUCUUCUCCUUCUACUUGUCCAGUGACAGCAAAGACCAGCCUCAGGCUAGUUUCGACUGCAUCCACCAAUACGUUUCAAGUGAGGGCCAUGAGCAGCUGGAAGGCCAGGGCAGCAUCCAAGACAAGAUCACUGUGUGUGCCACUGACGAUUCCUACCAGAUGACCCGGGAGAGAAUGUCUCAGGUGGAGAAGGACAGCUGGAGCCGCUCUGCCAUUGAGAUUAAACCUGGAGCCACGUAUCCAAGUAAAUGUGUCAAGUUCCAGAAGAGGCCAGCUCCUCUGACUGCAUCAGACAACAGCCUGCAUAAGCCGUUGUCCAACAAUUGGAGAAACAGCAACCCUGGACUUCUGACCCAGAGGCCGCUGAGGGAACGCAUCAUCCACCUGCUGGCUCUCAAACCCUACAGGAAACCUGAGCUGCUGCUGUGGCUGGACAGGGAGAGGGCCAGCCCCAAAGACAAGGCCGAACUGGCUGCCGUGCUGGAGGAGGUGGCCAAAGCGAAUCCCAAAGACAGCAGCUACAUGCUGAAGGAUGACUUCUACCGGCACGUGCAGAGGGACUGGCCAGGCUACGCCGAAGAGGAGAGACAGUUAAUCAGCAGGCUGCUGGCCAGAAAAACGCAACUGCACAAUGGCAGCCAAAUAAGGAGUUUCCAAGCAAACUCAUCUCUCCAAAAGAGCUCAGAUGAUUCUCCACUGCAUCAGAGUGCAGUCAAAAAUCCUGCUGUGAAACGCCCAGUGCCUUCUGAGUCACAGGACAGCCUGGCUGUUAAGAGACAACGACCAUCGGAGCAGAAGCCGCAACAGCCGCCCCCUGUAAACCGACUGCAACACACUAAAGGAGGACAAGAUCACACGCCUGCUUCCCUCAACCCCAGUUUCCACACAAAGACUGAGUUUCAAAGGAUAAGUCAUGUUGGUAACCAAAAUGGCUUCCCAGGGGGCCAAAACGGUUCUCCACUUAUGCACAAACUGUCUAGCUCCUCUAACACACCUGUAUCAGAGUCUGGGAGACAAGAGUCCAAAAUGAACAGCAAGCAGCUCCCACAGGACGACUCUGACUGCAAACACCAGCAGCAGCUCACCAGCAGCCAGCACAGAAAGAAAAAAUCAAAAAAGCACAAAGAUAAGGAGAGGGAAAAGUCAAAAGACAACAAUGGCGUUGAAUGGUUAGAAACCAGCCCUGAUCUCAAGCCGAACCCUGACAAACUUGACAAUCCUGACAUCACAAACGCUGUGUCCUCUGAGGAGAGGCCGGAUUACUUGCUUACAUACAGCAGCAUAACUAGUGUGGAGCAGCGCCAGAGGUACCAGGAGGACUUCUGUGCAGAGUACGACGAGUACAAAGACCUUCACUCCAGGAUCGCCACCAUCACACACAUGUUUGUUCAGCUCGGCUCCAAGAUCAAAAGUCUGUCCCCGGGCACGCAAGAAUACAAGAUAAUGGAAGACCAAAUACUGGAGAAGUACAAGAAGUAUAGAAAAAAGUUCCCAGCCUACCGGGAAGAGAAGAAGCGCUGCGAAUAUCUCCACGAGAAACUCUCCCACAUAAAACAGCUCAUUACAGACCACGACGUCACCCAUGCAUCUUCUUAGCAUCGGCUGCUCCUCCUGUGUGUGUUGACCACUGGUUUCUCAGAUCGCACGCCAUAAUUUGGAUAAAGAACAUUGUCUUAAAAAAAAAAUGUAUUUCACUUUAGAGCCCUUUCAAGGCUUUUUUUGAAUGUGACUUCGAAGGUCAAUAGCAAAUGUUGGCUCUGGGACCAAGGACAAUGCUGUGACCGCUGAUCGCAGCACAGCAACAGACUUCCUUCUGAUAUUGUAAGUCUACAUGUCUGUGAUAUCAGAUGCCGUCUUUUCAUAAACAGCGUUUGUUAGAAUACAUUCAAAGGUACCCUUUCUUGAUUUAUAAGGGAACUGUGUGCAAAACAUAGUAAGACGACGAACAAUUAGAUUUGUUAUAGUUGUAAGUUCUAUCAAAACCAAUGUCAGUGUCAGCCAUUUCCUCGGAAGUGUAUCGUAUGUAGUCGUGAGGACUUACACUUGCUCAGUCAGUUAUGGACGCAUGGUCUUUAACUGUAAUACUGCUCAAGGCAAAGAUAUGCUUGAAAAAAAAAAAAAAAAAAAAAACGAUCCAGCGACUCAAUCUAUAUGCAGCAUACAAACGUGCGCAAACGUGCACCAAGUAUUAGGACCAUCUUCCAAUGAAUCGCACCACCUGAAUGCAGACAAUUUGAAAGCAGCAAUAUUUUUCAAUGGACAGCACAUUUUAAUCUGAUGGUCGCACAUGAAAAUGUGUGCGCACAUCUGUAAGUGAGGAGACGCAGACUGAAUUGUGCUUAGGUUUGUCAUGAAGAUGAGAAGUAUUGUUUAAACAUGCCCUUCACUUUUACAUGACAAUUACUGGACCAAAACAGCUAGCCUUAAUAACUGAUGCACACAUUAUUUAUGCAUAGUUAUUUACCCCUGACCUUGUAAAUCACCCCCCCACCCCCAUCACCAUAUCAGCACAAGGACUAGUGCAAGAUUGUUUUGAUCAACAUAAAUGUCUCUCUUCUCCAUUCCCUAUGCUUUAAACUACUGAUGUAUUUAUUUUACGCCACUUUUUCUUCUUUUUAGCCUCCUCCUUUGUUUUCGGCGUAUUGCUGUGCUUUCCUCAGCUUGAAGGGGGUCAUGUUUGUUACAUGAGAGCAAAGUGUUGGUUCGCAGUUAACCGCAAGGCCGAGGUGGAAGCGCUCGUGAGUGACACGAUUUGCUCACCAAGCAGAAUUAAUUGUACCUUUUGUCUGUGAGUUAAUUCAGUCAUGAAUUGUAAACGGAAAAUCGCGGAGGGUUGAAACCCCCUUGAGUUCUAGGGUUUUUUUUAAUUUUUUUUUUAAACACUGUCAAAAUGGCAAAUCAAGGUCUCUGAUCUGAACCUAGUGGCCGGUUUACCCAACAUACAUACAACUAGUCUUCAGGGAAAUAUUGAGCCAUAUUGGCUAGAAUUGCUAAUUUGCUGAUGUCAUAAUAAUAUAGCCAGUUUUGGUACUUGGGGAAGUUGAAGCACUAGCCUGAAGUAUAUUGUACAUGUUAGUACUUUGAUCAUUGGCACAGUUCAGGGAGGACAGUUUCUCACUUAAUCCUAGACCGGGGUAGCUGCAGACCCACAGAGUACUUCAAUUUCCGUGCAGGUUAAAACUGUCGAUUAAAGGUCACGUAAUUUUGAAUGUUCAAGCAGUCAAUGACGUAGAAGCCUUAAGAAAAUCCAAGACUUUUGAAGGGUUCAAUUUUCAAACUGCCAAUAUCAUAUAGGUGUCAUUAUCCAAACACAUCUGUCAACUGCCUUAUACGUUUUUAGCUGUUACUCUGAGAACUGUUGGAGCCCUACUGCUAUGUAAAAAUGAGUGCCUCUUCAACAACGGUUCCCUCACAUCCCCAGAAGAAAUGUCCUUGAGUUUCUUUGUUCAAACAAUGUCUUUCAAAUCAUUCUUCAAGGCGGUGGUUCGCAUGGCUUUGUCAUUGGGGUCAACCGUAUAGUCAGAUGCAUUUACAUUAUAAUCCUUCUGGUACUUUGGUGUCUGAUGUUUGUUUGUAUUAAUCUUUAAAUCGUUGUCACACUACAACUGAUAGACCAAAGAAAGGCAAAUAAUUGGCCAGUCUGUAGGGUUGCCACUGUGGUUCAUGCCCCUAAUUAUUUGUUUGAAAAUCCCUUUUAAUCAUUAGCAGACUCUUCUGUGGAUGCACAAAGGGAUUUGAUGGAAAGACUGACCUCAGUGGUUACUGGUCUGUUUCAUGCACAAAUAAUCUGACUUUUUUUUUUUUGUGGCAUUUUUGCCUUUAUUGGAUAGAGGAUAGCGAAGUGGCAGACAGGAAACAAGGGGAGAGAAAGAUGGGUACGACAUGCAACAAAGGUCACUGGCUGGAAUCGAAACAAGGACAUAGGGGUUAUGUGGCAUGCACUGUAGCCAUUUGGCUACCGGGGCACCACAAAUAAUCUGACCUUCUUUUUAAAAUGGAUUGUGGAGAGCAGCGAUGUGAUGGUAUUAACUAUGGGCAAAUGCCACAGUAGCUGAUUGAAGACCAUAAUUAAAUGUGGGCUGCCAAGUAAAAUAAACAAAUCCCUACUCUGUUAAUCAGAAUAUUACAAGCAAAAAUAUGAAGUAAAUCAGUGGAAAAGAAAUAUCUUGUUUUGGACAUUGUUUCUUCUUCUUUUUUUUAUUAUCUGAGUGCAGAUUUAAAUUCUUGCCUGUAAGUAUGGCUCAAUAGAUGUUUUUAUAUUCAUCUGCUGAUGGGGAACCUAAACUUCAUUUCGUUCACAGGUUGUGUGAGGGAAGAAUAUGCAUUAAAUUGCAUUGUUAAUAAACUGCAUUUUACAAAUGUAGACUUCCUCUUGUCCUGUUGUUCAAAUUCAAAAGAGUGAAUAUUACUUCAAGAUGGGGUUUUGUGGCUGAAUUUUAAUUAUACAAGCAGAGAUGUAUUACUGGUGAUCUAAGUUUGUAUAUGAAGGUAUUCUGACCUGGUGGGUAGUUAUAAUUUUUUUUUUAAAAACGGCAACAACAACAACAAAACAACAUGGAAUUUUAAGCUGAAAAACUAAGCGAAUCUAGAAAAGAGUAAAAUUCUAUGAGGAUGUAUUUUGGGUGUAAUGAAUAAGUUUGCAGGUGUGCAAGGGAAUUAAAAGUUAACUUCUGUACAGAGUGCUGAAAUAGAAAUUAUUAUAGGGAAUAAAAAAAUCACCAGAUUGUGGGUCUUAACAUUGUCCUUGUUUUGAAGAAUGCACUGGAAGGAAGCAUAGUAACUAACGCAAUGUACAGAUCUGAGAAAUGUUGACCUCACUAAGUGAUGAUAAAUAACAUUAGUUCUGAGUAUAGUAAUACUCAAUAAUACGUUGUAAUAACAAUUGUAAUUGUGAUACAUUGUACAUUAUACAAAGGCGGUGUAAAUUUAACAAGUAGAUGCUAUCUACACAGCCAAUAGUGAUC